AUGGGACUUAACCCAACUCAGGAGGCUCAGCUGAUGGGAUCAGACUGUGGCUCUGCUGUUUAUGGAGAAGAGAGAGAUGAUUUUCCAUGGAGGCUAGUGUGGUGGGUCUCAUCUGACUGUGUGAAGAAGAAGUCUGCAGUGAGAGACUGUGUCGAUGGUUCAUACUCCUCUGUCUGGGGUCUGGAGGUGAAGUGUUCAGACUCGGUGCGUCUGGUCUCGGGGCCCAGUCUGUGCUCAGGAUCAGUGCAGAUCUGGGACCAGUCCUGGACCUGGGUCUGUGAAGGGGCCUUGGACCAGCAGGGGGCAGAGGUGCUGUGCAGGGAGCUGGGCUGUGGGGCUCCUUCUCUCCUCCAGGGGGCGCUCUCUCCUCUGAGGCAGACGUUCCACUGUGAGGGCCAUGAGUCUGCUCUGAUGGACUGUCCCCGCUCCGGCUCAGAGACCUGCUCCUCUGGAGCUGCUCUCAACCUCACCUGCUCAGAGCCGCUCAGGCUGGUGGGAGGGGCCAGUCGCUGUGCUGGGACUGUGGAGGUGAAACACAGAGGAGAGUGGGGACGGGUGGAGCCCAAUGGACUCCGGUUCAUGGAGCACACAGCUGCUGUGUGCAGAGACCUGGACUGUGGCUCUGCUGUUUAUGGAGAAUGGAGAGAUGAUUUUCCAGAGAGUCCAGUGUGGAGAGUCUCAUCUGACUGUGUGGAGAAGAAGUCUGCAGUGAGAGAAUGUGUCUAUGGUACAUACUCUUACUUGGGUCUCGAGGUGCGUCUGGUCUCGGGGCCCAGUCUGUGCUCAGGAUCAGUGCAGAUCUGGGACCAGUCCUGGACCUGGGUCUGUGAAGGGGCCUUGGACCAGCAGGGGGCAGAGGUGCUGUGCAGGGAGCUGGGCUGUGGGGCUCCUUCUCUCCUCCAGGGGGCGCUCUCUCCUCUGAGGCAGACGUUCCACUGUGAGGGCCAUGAGUCUGCUCUGAUGGACUGUCCCCGCUCCGGCUCAGAGACCUGCUCCUCUGGAGCCGCUGUCAACCUCACCUGCUCAGAGCCGCUCAGGCUGGUGGGAGGGGCCAGUCGCUGUGCUGGGACUGUGGAGCUGAGACACAGAGGAGAGUGGAGACGGGUGCAGCCCAAUGGACUCUGGGUCCUGGAGAACACAGCUGCUGUGUGCAGAGACCUGGACUGUGGCUCUGCUGUUUAUGGAGAAUGGAGAGAUGAUUUUCCACAGAGUCAAAUUUGGAGGGUCUCACCUGACUGUGUGAAGAAGUCUGCAGUGAGAGAAUGUGUCGAUGGUUCAUACUCCUCUUCCUGGGGUCUGGAGGUGAAGUGUUCAGACUCGGUGCGUCUGGUCUCGGGGCCCAGUCUGUGCUCAGGAUCAGUGCAGAUCUGGGACCAGUCCUGGACCUGGGUCUGUGAAGGGGCCUUGGACCAGCAGGGGGCAGAGGUGCUGUGCAGGGAGCUGGGCUGUGGGGCUCCUUCUCUCCUCCAGGGGGCGCUCUCUCCUCUGAGGCAGACGUUCCACUGUGAGGGCCAUGAGUCUGCUCUGAUGGACUGUCCCCGCUCCGGCUCAGAGACCUGCUCCUCUGGAGCCGCUGUCAACCUCACCUGCUCAGAGCCGCUCAGGCUGGUGGGAGGGGCCAGUCGCUGUGCUGGGACUGUGGAGGUGAAACACAGAGGAGAGUGGAGACGGAUGUCUGGACUCUGGGACCUAAAGCACACAGCUGCUGUGUGCAGAGACCUGGACUGUGGUAUUGCUGUUUAUGGAGAAGACAGAGAUGAUUUUCCACAAAGUCAAAUUUGGAGUGUCUCAUCUGACUGUGUGAAGAAGAAGUCUGCAGUGAGACACUGUGUCAAAGGUUCAUCUUCUUCCUUGCCCUCGGGUCUGGAGAUCUGGGACCAGUCCUGGACCUGGGUCUGUGAAGGGGCCUUGGACCAGCAGGGGGCAGAGGUGCUGUGCAGGGAGCUGGGCUGUGGGGCUCUUUCUCUCCUCCAGGGGGCGCUCUCUCCUCUGAAGCAGACGUUCCACUGUGAGGGCCAUGAGUCUGCUCUGAUGGACUGUCCCCGCUCCGACUCAGAGACCUGCUCCUCUGGAGCCGCUGUCAACCUCACCUGCUCAGACUCGGUGCGUCUGGUCUCGGGGCCCAGUCUGUGCUCAGGAUCAGUGCAGAUCUGGGACCAGUCCUGGACCUGGGUCUGUGAAGGGGCCUUGGACCAGCAGGGGGCAGAGGUGCUGUGCAGGGAGCUGGGCUGUGGGGCUCCUUCUCUCCUCCAGGGGGCGCUCUCUCCUCUGAAGCAGACGUUCCACUGUGAGGGCCAUGAGUCUGCUCUGAUGGACUGUCCCCGCUCCGGCUCAGAGACCUGCUCCUCUGGAGCCGCUGUCAACCUCACCUGCUCAGAGCCGCUCAGGCUGGUGGGAGGGGCCAGUCGCUGUGCUGGGACUGUGGAGGUGAGACACAGAGGAGAGUGGAGACGGAUGUCUGGACUCUGGAACCUAAAGCACACAGCUGCUGUGUGCAGAGACCUGGACUGUGGCUCUGCUGUUGACGGAGAAAACAGACGUGAUUUUCCAAAGAGUCCAGUGUGGUGGGUCUCAUCUGACUGUGUGACGAAGAAGACUGCAGUGAGAGAUUGUGUCGUUGGUUCAGACUCUUCCUCUUCCUCGGGUCUGGAGGUGAAAUGUUCAGACUCGGUGCGUCUGGUCUCGGGGCCCAGUCUGUGCUCAGGAUCAGUGCAGAUCUGGGACCAGUCCUGGACCUGGGUCUGUGAAGGGGCCUUGGACCAGCAGGGGGCAGAGGUGCUGUGCAGGGAGCUGGGCUGUGGGGCUCCUUCUCUCCUCCAGGGGGCGCUCUCUCCUCUGAGGCAGACGUUCCACUGUGAGGGCCAUGAGUCUGCUCUGAUGGACUGUCCCCGCUCCGACUCAGAGACCUGCUCCUCUGGAGCCGCUGUCAACCUCACCUGCUCAGAGCUCAGGCUGGUGGGAGGGGCCAGUCGCUGUGCUGGGACUGUGGAGGUGAAACACAGAGGAGAGUGGAGACGGGUGCAGCCCUCUGGACUCUGGUUCCUGAAGCACACAGCUGCUGUGUGCAGAGACCUGGACUGUGGCUCUGUUGUUUAUGGAGAAGAGAGAGAUGAUUUUCUACAGAGUCCAGUGUGGAGAGUCUUAUCUGACUGUGUGAAGAAGAAGUCUGCAGUGAGACACUGUGUUUUUGCUUCAUCCUCUUCCUCAUCCUCUUCCUCUUCCUCGGGUUUGGAGGUGAAGUGUUCAGACUCGGUGCGUCUGGUCUCGGGGCCCAGUCUGUGCUCAGGAUCAGUGCAGAUCUGGGACCAGUCCUGGACCUGGGUCUGUGAAGGGGCCUUGGACCAGCAGGGGGCAGAGGUGCUGUGCAGGGAGCUGGGCUGUGGGGCUCCUUCUCUCCUCCAGGGGGCGCUCUCUCCUCUGAGGCAGACGUUCCACUGUGAGGGCCAUGAGUCUGCUCUGAUGGACUGUCCCCGCUCCGGCUCAGAGACCUGCUCCUCUGGAGCAGCUGUCAACCUCACCUGCUCAGAGCCGCUCAGGCUGGUGGGAGGGGCCAGUCGCUGUGCUGGGACUGUGGAGCUGAGACUCAGAGGAGAGUGGGGACGGGUGGAGCCCAAUGGACUCUGGUUCAUGGAGCACACAGCUGCUGUGUGCAGAGACCUGGACUGUGGCUCUGCUGUUUAUGGAGAAAAGAGAGAUGAUUUUCCACAGGGUCCAGUGUGGACAGUCUCAUCUGACUGUGUGAAGAAGUCUGCUGUGAGAGACUGUGUCGUUGGUUCAGACUCUUCCUCUUCCUCGGGUCUGAAGGUGAAGUGUUCAGACUCGGUGCGUCUGGUCUCGGGGCCCAGUCUGUGCUCAGGAUCAGUGCAGAUCUGGGACCAGUCCUGGACCUGGGUCUGUGAAGGGGCCUUGGACCAGCAGGGGGCAGAGGUGCUGUGCAGGGAGCUGGGCUGUGGGGCUCCUUCUCUCCUCCAGGGGGCGCUCUCUCCUCUGAGGCAGACGUUCCACUGUGAGGGCCAUGAGUCUGCUCUGAUGGACUGUCCCCGCUCCGGCUCAGAGACCUGCUCCUCUGGAGCCGCUGUCAACCUCACCUGCUCAGAGCCGCUCAGGUUGGUGGGAGGGGCCAGUCGCUGUGCUGGGACUGUGGAGCUGAGACAAAGAGGAGAGUGGAGACGGGUGGAGCCCAAUGGACUCUGGUUCCUAAAACACACAGCUGCUAGUCCAGUGUGGAGAGUCUCCCCUGUGAAGAAGUCUGCAGUGAGAGACUUUGUCGAUGGUUCAUCGUCCUUCUCGUCUUCCUCGGGUCUGGAGGUGAAGUGUUCAGACUCGGUGCGUCUGGUCUCGGGGCCCAGUCUGUGCUCAGGAUCAGUGCAGAUCUGGGACCAGUCCUGGACCUGGGUCUGUGAAGGGGCCUUGGACCAGCAGGGGGCAGAGGUGCUGUGCAGGGAGCUGGGCUGUGGGGCUCCUUCUCUCCUCCAGGGGGCGCUCUCUCCUCUGAGGCAGACGUUCCACUGUGAGGGCCAUGAGUCUGCUCUGAUGGACUGUCCCCGCUCCGGCUCAGAGACCUGCUCCUCUGGAGCCGCUGUCAACAUCACCUGCUCAGAGCCAAUCAGGAGUGAGGUUUACAGAGAGCGGGCCCUAGCAACGCUGUCAAUCAAACCUGUUGCUAGGUAA